AUGCAAAUAAGAGACGAGUGGCGGUUGUGCUCAUCGCCGUCAUUAGCAUCAAGAGAUUCGGAUAAGCGGAAAGAUGAUUUACUGAAGUUGGUGAGGGAGAUAGUCGGUCAUAACAUGAAAUACAAUGCAGAAAUUGAAGCGUGUGAUUUGCUGAUUGAGAUUGAACGAUUGGAUGUGCUCUCGGAAUUUGUUCAUUGUGAUGAUCAUGCUCGUGUUUGUCUUUAUCUCAUCAGUUGUUCACCACUCUCACCUGAUCCGGAUAAUCGAACUCUGAUAAAAACAGCACUGGAUAUAUAUAUGAAGUUUGGAAAGAAUUUAGAAGCACUACGAUGUGGGAUUUGGAGUAUUGGAGAAAUUACUGCGUUGGAAAGUCAGUGGAAAUCUUUGGAAAUACGUGGAGCAAAGGUUAAAUUGAAACCAGUAGACAGAAGAAGACCAGUGGAAUCAGUGUCCAUGGUAUUCGUGGAGAACACUGGAAAACAGUGGACAGUCGUCAUGAAGAACAUUGGUAUCGCUGGAACGGGAGGCAGUGGAAAACAGUGGACGAUUCAAAGCCACAAGUUUCAAAUACGGUCGUCUGAAGCCGAAGCCAAGCAAUAA